AAAAACGGUAGCACAACACAACAGCAACAUUCAGUUUUAUUCAGAAACAGAAACAAGAAAAUCAACUUAACAACAAAAUGGCCAAAUUCAUCAUUGUUUUGUGCGCUUUCAUUGCCUGUGCUGCCGCUAAACCCGGUGUUGUAGCUCCUUUGGCUUACACUGCUCCCGUUGCCGCUCCUUUGGCUUAUACUGCUCCCGUUGCUGCUCCUUUGGCCUAUACUGCCCCCGUUGCUGCUGCUUACGCCGCCACCCCUGUUGCUUAUGCUAAUGCUCAUUUGGAUGCCGCUUAUGCCAGCAGCCGUGUUGACAUCAAGCAAAACUACAAUGCUGCUGUAGUUCCAGCCACCUAUGCUGCCGCCGCUGCUGUUCCAGUUGCCACUCCUUUCGCUGCUCCCGUAGCCCCCGUUGCUCCUGUCGCUCCUCUUAAAUACACUGCUGCCCCUGUUUUGUUGUAAAUUUUUGUCUUUUUCGAGUUUUUUGUAAAUAAAAUGAAUAGUUUUAA